CAGCGUGAAAUAAAUUUUCAUAAGACGGAAACUACAAACAUGAUCUCUUUAUAAAUACGAUCUCCUAAACGUUAGCUCAGCUAGCCAUUUGCUAACGAUACAUUUUAUAACUUUGCUACCUGAAGCUGCUGUGGGGUUAUAUCAGCUAGUUAACCUAGAGGGUUAGCCAAAGUUAGCACUAUAUGGACUGUUGGGUGGAUGUUCGGUUAGUUAGUUAACAGAAAACGUUGCACUUUUGUUAAGCGAUGAAAUUGAAAAACUACGGCACUUUAGAUUCAGUCUUGGGUUCAGUCUGGCUAACAUUAAUUAGCUCACGCUGCUAGUAUUCGUUUAACUAGCCGAUAGAGGUCACAGUGCUAACAUUAGCUAUUUCUUACUAAUGCUGCAUGUUUAACGAGUGUUGCUCAUAGUUAACGUUGCGUUAAAAGUGCCAUUAAUUGCUAAUGAUUAAAAGAGGAGCUACUUGACGCUAAACAGUGUAUGUCAGUUAGCAAUGAGAAAGCUGCAUCCACCUGACCACACCUGGUUCCAGACCACGAGAGAAUGACUGAGAAUGGAGAGGACAGCCCCCUCCAUCAGUCCUGUGAGGCUCCUGGUAAAGGAGAUUCAGUUGUCAAUGACAGCAGGGCACACAAAACCUCCUUAGGAGAUGCCAAAUCCUGCAAGGAACACAACCAUGCACUUGAAGUCACUGCUAGAAACGAGGUUGGGGAGGUCAGUCCAUAUCAGCCUCGGCCACCUUACGUACCCAGGCUGUCCAAGUUGAGCAAAAGUGGCUCAGUGGAUGAGACUGUGAGAACCAGGAGGCUGAGAAACAGCCAGGAGAGCCUGAGUGACCGGGCAGGGACAGGCUCUUCCACAGACUCACUUAAAGAGGAACAGAUAGUUCCAGCUCAAGGUGAGUUUGUUCUCGGCAGUGCUGCCACCAUCAGGAAUGGCCAGGACUCUAACGUGAGACCCGUCUCUGCUGAUACGACUGGAUCCCCUGUCUUCCGGGACAGAGGGAGCAGUCUCUCUGAGUAUGAAAGGAGGCCCCCCAGCCAGCAGAGCGACCCCACAGACCACUGGGCGAGGUCCACCAAGAUGCGUCUGUCUCCGGUGCAACCCACGGGGCCGCUGCCUGCUCUGGAGAAGAGCUUUGCAUCAGCCACUUUAAGGGUGGCUAAUAGGAUUGACCGGGAUUGUUUGGAUUAUGCUGUGCUGGCCAGAGAGAAGCUCAGGGAGAGACCCCACAGGAACCUGAGCGACAGCCGGCUUCUGGAGAACAUGGGGUCGGAUAGUGCCUCUGUCAACUCCAUGAGGUCCACCUACAGCGUGCUUAGCCCCAUCAGACCGCAGGAUGUGAGGAACAGGAGCUUUCUGGAGGGCAGCUUGCUGGGAAGCGGUGCUCUGCUCGGGGCCGAGGAGCUGGACCGUUACUUCCCCGAAAGGAGAGUGGGCAUCUACAUAGCCACUUGGAACAUGCAGGGGGAGAAGGGGCUUCCAGCCAACUUGGACGAUCUCCUCCUUCCAACAGACUCUGAAUUUGCGCAAGACUUUUAUAUUAUUGGGAUCCAGGAGGGCUGCCCUGACAGGAGGGAGUGGGAGAUCCGUCUCCAGGAGACUCUGGGACCUUACUAUGUCAUGCUUUAUGCAGCAUCACAUGGUGUUUUGUAUCUCACCGUAUUUCUCAGACGAGACCUCAUCUGGUUCUGCUCAGAGGUGGAGCAUGCCACAGUCACAACCAGGAUCAUCUCUCAGAUCAAGACCAAAGGGGCUGUGGGAAUCGCUUUUACCUUUUUUGGCACUUCUUUUCUCUUCAUCACGUCCCAUUUUACCUCCGGAGAUGCCAAAGUUUACGAGAGAAUACUAGAUUACAACAAGAUUGUCGAGGCUCUAGCUCUUCCAAAAGGCCUUCCAGACACCAACCCUUACCGCUCCACACCAUCUGACGUCACCACAAGAUUCGACCAGGUCUUCUGGUUUGGAGAUUUUAACUUUCGUCUGGGUAAGGACCGGGUCGACGUGGAGACCAUCAUAAACCGCACUGUAGACGGUGAUAUGGGACCUCUGUUGGAGCACGACCAGCUCUCCAAGGAAAUGAAGGAUGGUUCAAUCUUUAAAGGCUUCCAAGAGGCACCAAUACACUUCCUCCCCACAUACAAAUUUGACAUCGGCUGUGAUAUCUAUGACACUAGUUCUAAACAAAGAACGCCUUCAUACACGGACAGGAUCGUGUUCAGGAACAGGCAGGUCAAUGACAUAAAAGUGGUCAAGUACACCAGCUGCUCCGGCAUCAAGUCCUCAGACCAUCGACCCGUCAUCGGUGUCUUCCACGUCAAACUCCGGCCAGGCAGAGACAAUAUUCCCCUGGGUGCCGGACAGUUUGACCGAGGCUUGUACUUGGAGGGCAACAGGAGGAGGAUCAACAGAGAGCUGAAGAGGAGGGAGGCCAUGAAGAACAUGAGUAACAGCACAAUCUGCACCAUCUCCUAAGCCCUUAAAAUGAACUCUCCAGACCAGACUGGGCUGGAUCAAACUGUGCCAGAAACUGGAAUGGAAAACCAGGCCAGUAGAAAAGGAACAACAGAAAACCAGAGUUGUCUUAACUACUCAGAGCCCAGUGCUGGUCAUGUUAACUGAGCAGUGUGUGCCCUCUAUUGGGUAUUAUUGGGAGGUGUCUGUGUGUCUUGGUGAAAGUGGUGGCUGGCUGUACUUGAGGGCAGGGACCUUGAGGUCAGACAGAGAGCAGUGUGCGGACACAGCAGUCUGAUCUUUAUUUACUCCCCUCUACUUAAAAAUGACUGAGACAUAAAGGAGGGGGGCUGCCGUUGUGGCUUACCCUUCAGUCACAUGCUCCAGUGUGAACUGAUCUAACCAUAAAGACUGCAUUCAUUUUCUAAAAAGCAUCAUGAACUACAAUGUUACAUAUUUCUGAAUGCUAUGUCGGUGUUCAAAUGCCUUGCGAGUCUGGUACAUUUGGGUGCACUUUUUAGUGCAGUUUAGGUGUCUGCCAUUGGUCGAUUUUAACUUGAAUUUUGCUCUAAGCUGAGAGAUACAAUAUGACCGAAGAAAAGAGCUGUUCUUGUCACAAGGUGACUUUGAUGAACGCAGCAGUCAGGAGGUUGUUACUAAUUGUUACACACUACAGUUGAAUUUCAGGGACAUCAAAUGUGUCUGACAGCUUUUAUUGAAGGAACUAACUUCCUAUAAAAUAGAUGGAGCUUUUUAUUUAUACUGUAAACGCCUUUCACUACUUUUCCUCUUGUGAUCCUUCACAACAGACUGUAACUCAAUGCCUUACCUCUCACCUUGCUACUUUGUAAACCUCAUACUAUAAACUUUCCGUGUACUGUGUAUACCAAAUUAAUGAGCUUGCAUUCCCAGCAUCAAGAGCAGUCUGCUCUAAGAAAAGUGCCUAUAGGUCUUGUUUUCUUUUCUUCAGGACCUCUUAUCUUUAUCUGUGUUUUGUAUGUCUCCAAACAUCUGUAAUAAACCUUUUAAAACACA